GGUUUUAUUCACAUGACAUCACAUUUGUGACGCAAUUUAUCUGCGACGUCCACCGACUAUCCAUGUGAAUGUCGCCGUUUCAACUUGCUAGAGAACAUUAAAAGUGACAAUAUGGUUGCCGCUUGAAGGAUUGUGAGCUGGCAGUAUUGUGGUAGACCGAAUCAUAAUUGCCUAGAUGACAAUGAGGCUGUUGUGCCGCCUCGCCCGGGUGUUGCCUCGCUCCACCAGAGGUUCCUCCGCUGCCUCAGCCCUCCUCCAGACCAGCGCAGCCCAGUCUGCCGAGCCGCUGUGGUCCCAGUCCCGACACAGGCCUCUAGUAGCAGCGAGAGGCCUGUGUGACAGACAUGGCUUGGCCAGAGAGGAGGAAAGCAACUUUGUGUUCAAACGCACCCCGCUUGACGGACUGGUUAGCAGCGCCAAGUCACCAGAGGAGGUGCUGCGGCUGUGGGAGGGGCACGGCGGCAACGCCAACCAGGCCGCCAUAUGUUUGAACCAAAUCAGCCGACUGGCAUUGGAGAGGAGCGUUGAAGAGAGGAGGCAGCUGGUGAACGACCCCCGCUGCGCCGCACUCCUGCACACAGUGGGCUCUGAGGCUCAGUCGGUGUGGAACGGGACGCUGGUGAGCGUGCUCCGCGCCGUCUCACAGCUGGACACGCCCCCGGGGGACGCGGUGCUGCGCUCGCUGGAGACGGAGGCGCUGUGGCGCGUGCGGCGCUUCUCCUACAAGCAGCUGGCCUACCUGAUGGAGUGGGCGCUCACCGAGCGGGCGCGGCUGGCACGGCUGGGCCAGGGCGACGGGCCGGCGCUGGCCAACGAGCUGGCCAAGCAGCUGGAGCUGCGCUGGACGGAGCUGAGCGAACCAAGGACCGUCGGCGUGCUCAUGGGCAGGGCGGCCCACCUGCCGCCAUCGCUGAUCGAGAAACUGGAGGAUAAGGCCCUGGAGCUUGCGGAGCACUUUGUGGCGGAGGACAUCCGCAGGGUGGCACACGCGCUGGCGUCUCAGGGCCGACGGACGGUGCCUCUGCUCCGGGCGCUCUCCUACCACCUGCUGCAGAGGCCCUCGAAGGAGCUCAGCACCGCGCUGCUGCUGGACAUUGCCUACGCUUAUGGAAAACUCAACUUUCACCAGACUCAGGUAUUCCAGCGAGUGGCGGCCGAGCUGUUGCCGAGGACACCUGACCUGAGCUCCACCGAUGUCACACGAUGUGCCAAAUCCUUUGCCUUCCUGAAGUGGCUCCACCUGCCUCUCUUUGAAGCCUUCACAGAGCACUAUGUGGCUAACAGUGAGAAGUACAGCACACUACAGCUGUGGAACCUGCUCAUGUCUCUAGCCAAGCUGAACUUCCAGCCAAGCAAAGGAGAGGCCUUCUUUGACAAGGUGCACUCUGCUCUCAAGGACACACUGCCACACCUGGAUCCCUUCCUUCAGGUGGAUGUGGUGUGGUCCCUGUGUGUGAUGCAACAGGUCAAACCAGAGUACCUCACCUCCUUUGCACAGCCCAGCUUCCAGGAGAAACUCAAAGUCGGCAGCGCAGCCCGUGUGGAGAACUACCGUGUGAAACUGCAGCACAUUAUGGCCGAGAGGAUCCUGGGGGGGCUCGGCUCCUCCGUGCCCAGCUCAAGCCCGACCCCUGAGCCCACCCGCACAACGCCCCCUUCCCAGCUCCAGACGGCCCUCCACGCCGCCCUCACCAGCCUGACCGACGCCAAGCCUAACACCCUGCGCACCUCCAUCGCCACCUGCUACGGCUGGCCUCUAGAUGGCGAGCUGAUUCUAGACUCUGAGAAUAAGCCAAUCGAGCUGGACACCCUUACUGCCCCACACUUACCCGGAGGAGGCGGGGAUAAGCCCUUACCUGAGGGAGCAAUGAGGAUGGGGUUCGUGGCAUGGGAGUUCCCUAACUUCGUCCUGAGGACCAAGGGGCUUCUUGGCCGCUUUGCCAUGCAGAAGCGGCACCUCCAGCUAGCUGGCUUCCAUCUGGUGGAGGUGCCGUACUAUGAGUGGCUGGAGUUAAAAGCAGACUGGCAGAGGGUGGCCUACCUGAAGGACAAGAUGGGGAAGGCCGUGGCCGAAGAGAUGGCCAAGUGAGACAGACCUGACUGAUCAGGAACCACAACAGAGAUCUGAGGAGUACUGAGGAGUGACCACCAAGGGAACCAUCUACAGAAAGGGCCCACAGAUCCAGUGUGUUCAGGAACCUUUCCAAAUACCACAGCACUGAAACAGCAACAGAACUAUUGUGUGUGUUACAUCGUCAAUGCACCCAUUGAACCAAACCAUCAUUACUGUGAGACCGUUCAGUCAUAACCUGGAACACAGCCAAGAGUCUCGUAAAUCAUCACCAACAAAUGAAGUUAUUGGACCCUCCAAGCAGGUUUAUCAGAGCUCUUAGUUUUUAACAGUCUUUAUUCAUCUCUCAGAGAAAUUUCUAGAAGUGUACACACACACACACACACACACACACACACACACACACACACACACACACACACACACACACACAUACACAAAUCUCCCAUAUGUGUUUUAAUCCGGUUGCCUUGACAACACUUCAGGGGCUUUCCCUGUUACCAAGGAGACUGCUGUGAAGCCCUCUAUGAGAAUGAAGAUGCUUAAGGAUGUUGGGAUGCCCAAAAGACAGAAAAGAAAACAACAGA